UUCUCAGUCUUCUCCAAGGGGGGGUGCAGAUCCGUCAACAAUGCAGCUCAUCCUGAGGUUUGUAGCAGUACUGCUAUUGGUUUGGAGCGUGAGAGGAUCUGCCUUGCCCGGAGAAGAGAAGUUUUCUGUGCAGAGCAGCCGGGAGCAAACCAAAGCUCGUAAGGGCCUGAUCCUGAAGAUGCUGGCAGACCUCCUGGACGGGGUGGACGUGGGCCAUGAUUCGGAAGAUCUGCUGGAAAGCAAACUGGAGGAAGACCCCUCCACGCUCGGGCAGCUCUCCCACAUCACCCAGCGGGAACGCAAAGCCCCUUGCAAAAAUUUCUUCUGGAAAACCUUCACCGCCUGCUAACGCACCCGCCGCACCGGCUGCCAGGACCCCUUUCGC